CGAUCCGCAGCACAUGGCGACAAGCGACGAGGAUUCAUCUCUUGCUUUCUUUAUCCCAUCCCUGCCAUAACCGCUCCCUUCAUCCCACGGCUCGCCACUGUUAUCCUUUCACCCAACUCCCGACUUAUCCCACCGCCACGUCAAUUCCUUCCCGACGCGUUCUGCACCAUUUGCAAAAUAUAACUGUCCAUCUCGAGGUUGCCUACCAUGUCUGACACCGGCGCCGACACUUCCGAUAUUAUCACAGCCUCCGCUGUUCAGUCAGACACUUCGCAGGCUUCUGUUUCCCCUUCCGCCUCCCCUUCAGCUUCUCCUUCCGAUGUCCAAUCUGCCUCCCCCUCCGCGUCAGAGAGUGUCACAGCGUCGCCAUCACCUAGUGAACAGGCUUCUUCGUCACCUUCACCAUCAGCAUCUGCCAGCCCGAGUGCCAGCGCGAGUCCGAGUGCGAGCGAAUCACCCAGCCAGUCUGCACAGCAAAGCCAGUCUGCUUCAUCUUCACCGUCUGACACGUCAAGUGCGGCGCCAAGUUCGAGCGCAGCUCCAACCUCUAAUCCAUCUUCCGUAACAGAGAGCGAGACGUCGAGUCAGAUACCAUCAUCGACGACCCAAUCGUCUGGAGUAGAAAGCUCUACCGUUUCCUCGUCAACUUCGCAAUCCUCUUCUACUCGUGAAAUCGUGACUUUUACGGGAUCAUCCACUUCCACAUCUUCUUCAUCAUCAUCAUCAAGCACGGGCGAAACCACGGUUUCCAGUGCGCUAUCCAUCACCACUACCGACUCUGCUGGCCAUACUAUUACCACCGCUCCCUCUAUGCUCACGCAGCAGCUCACUUCAACUGAUGCAGCUGGCCAAGUGUAUACCGUCACCCAGAUCGUCCAUAACCCUUCAAGUACUGGCACAUCAUCUGCUGCCGAUGGCGAUUCUGGUUUUUUCAGUAACUCUGGCGCAGUAGCGGGUACUUUUGUUGCUGUUGGUCUGGUGGCCACCGCCGGUAUCAUGGCGUUCGUCAUCUUCAUGCUUCGUCGUCGACGCCGUCAGCGUCUCGACCGUGAUGUUUCUGCUGCUGCAUCUGCUGCUGCCGCCGCUGCAGCCCACUCUCGCUCAGGAUACGAUGAUGAAGAUGAUCAGCCUUCUAUGGCACAGUACGGGGGUUAUUAUGCUGCAACCACGCCGAGCAACACAGAUAUCCAUAAUCAGCCUCAACCGGAAAUGGGCCCGUACCAUGAUUAUGAAGACCCUGCUGGAGGGUAUGACCCAUAUGCUGUCAAUAUGGUUAACCUCGCGCCUUCAAACGAAAGACUAUCGACCUCUACAGAGCCUGGUAUGGCCGGUUUCGGUGCUACAAGCGCUCAGGCCAACUAUGCUGUCCAGGCUCCUUACGCUCAAGACCCCAACGGUCAGGAAUACAUGGCUGAGCCCCACCAGCCUGAUUUUUCCAUGCCGGUCCAUGAGCAGCAAGCUGCUAACGAGGGUUACUACUUUGACCCCAGCCAAGCGUAUGCAUACGCGCAAGAAGACGCGUAUGGAGGUUUCCACGACAACACCCAAGACCAGUAUAUACCUGAGCAACCGGCUGGGGGGCAUAGACGCAAUGGGAGUGAUGGGAGUGUUUCGAGGCCUGGGGGGGAGAGAGGACUCAAGGUGACAAACUUUUAGAUGAUCUUUACCACAUCUUCAAGAAAAAUAAAUUACGGAUAAUCUCGAUUGGGCUUUAUUGGAUUCAAGUUGUGUUCAUCUUCUUCUUUAUCUGGACUCGGUGGUGCUUGCAAACUUCUCACCCAGUUUUGUUGACGACCUUUUUACGUCUUCAUCAUACAUGCGCUCUUAUACCUUUUUUUUGCCUUUUAGAGGUCUCCCCCUACUAGCACUCGUUAUACCUUCUAUACUAUGACCUUUUACUGUAUUCUUCUCUUCCAAAUACUAGUCUAUGUAAUGCGUUGUGGCUGGACUACGUUAUUUUAUGAAAUUAGCUUGAUUGAA